AUGUCUACUGAAGAUAAGCAGGUUUGUGAGGCAGUAGUUGAAAGGAAAGGGAUAGGACAGGAAGACAGAGAUGAUUCAGGAAUCAGUGAUUAUGGAUUGUCAUUAGAAAGCCCAUUAGCACAUUCAACUAGUUAUCCCGAUACACCGGGACAAACGACGAGAAAUAAGUCAGUUUCAGAGGGUGCAGAUAUGUGGUCGCUGUUGGCAGACUUGCUAAAGGAAACCAAGGCAGCAUUAGAGAAAGAGAAAGUUUUACAAGAAACUAGAGAAAGGGAAGAAAUAUUCUGCAAAUCAUUAGAGAACGAUUUACAAGAAACUAGAGAAAGGGAAGAAAUAUUCCGCAAAUCAUUAGAGAAAGGUUUACAAGAAACUAAAGAAUCAUUAAAGGAAGAUUUACAAGAAACUAGAGAAUCAUUAAAGGAAGAUUUACAAGAAACUAGAGAAAGGGGAGAAGUAUUCCGCAAAUCAUUAAAGGAAGAUCUACAAGAAACUAAAGAAAGUUUAGAAAAAUCAUUUAAGGAAACUAUAGCACAAGAGAUCAAAACAUCGCAAAUGAAGAUAGAAUAUAAUCUGAAGAAGGAAAUGCAGGAGUUACAAGAACGAUUGAAGAUGGACAUCAACGAGAGAGAGAGUAAGCUACAGAAGAAUAUAGACCAAGUCCAGGGAGACGUGGAGAAGAUGGAAGGAAAGUUAACAAAAGAGAUAGAAGACGAUAUUGAAGAAACUAAAGCCGAAUUGGGAGAAAGGAUCACCGAAGUGGAAACAAAUUGCAAUCAUCGAAUCGCCAAGGUGACGCAGAUGCAGAAAUAA